AUGGUUCAAGGGGCUGGUAAUGAGCCUCCACUGAUGGUGGUGACUGACCCACAAACCAAAAAUGAAUACAGAAUCAGGGAUGUGAUUGGAACUUCCAAUGGAGCCACCGUCUACCAAGCAGACGAAUCUUAUGAAUCCAACAAAGCCACUGCUGUAGCUGUGAAGAUUCUCAAUAUCAAAAACAAAGAUGAGAGGUACUGGGACUUGAAGCAUGAUAUUCUCAACAGCAAAUCUCUCCCUCAUCAUCCCAAUGUAGUUGAAAUCAAAGCCUCAUUCAGUGUUGAUGAUAAUCUCUGUGUUGUGAUGCCUUUCAUGAGCUUUGGCUCUCUCCAGUCCCUCAUUUCUUCUCGGUUCAGAAAUUGUUUUUCAGAAGAUUGUAUAGCCAUAAUCCUAACAGAAACAUUAAAGGGUGUAGCUCAUAUCCACAGGAACCGUCAUAUUCACAAGCAUAUAGAUGCUAAGAACAUCUUUCUUUGCGAAAGUUCUGCUAUAAGGUUGGCUUUUGCAGCUGCAGAGUAUGAUCAUGGUCAAAAUCACACCACUACAGCAUUACCAAAUCUGUGCGACUGGCCUGCGCCGGAGGUUCAGGGCUGCUGCACCACAAUGUCUGAUAUAUGGCUCGUUGGUAUCACUGCACUGCAGCUAGCAUUUGGCUUACGAGUUUCUACACGCCAAGGCAUGGCGAGGAUGAUAAAAAUGUACAGAAAAGACUGGGACGAAAGGACUCAGAAGGUGGGGUUAGAUCCAACCCAGAGACAUUUGCCCAGAUCGUUUCAGGAUAUGGUGGGCAUGUGCCUGGGUCAAGAGCAGCUGGACAGGCCGACUGCAAGUGAGCUGCUCAAACAUGACUUAUUCAAGAACCGUGGCGAUGUACAUUGCUUUUUCAACGCCAUAAACCGAAAACGAAUAUGA